GCUGGAGCUGACGCAAUCCUCCAAGAAGACCGAGCGUGUCGUCAGCUUCACCAGCUAUUAAAGACAAACAGACUUUUCUCUGUAACUAACCAAGGCGCCAAGAAACAAGGGACACUCGUAUCUUCCGAGUUUUUAUAAAGAUCACCCAGCUAAUUAUCUGGAGAGAGCCUGUGUUUCGCAGACAAAACGAAGCAGAGCAAGUGAGGCGCUCCGUCAUUCAUUCCAAUCCGGGUAACUGUGAAGAUGCCUUUUAUCAGAGCAUUCAGCAAGGUGGCUAAGCAAGCCCUCCUGAGCCCAGGAUGUGGCUGUCAGCCUAUCACAGUGGCCGUACGGACCAUCAGCUUCUCACCUCGCCAGGUCACCUCAGACGCCAGUUUCCACUCCGUGUCCUUCUCCGAGACGGACCACCCCAAGGUGCUCAUCACAGGUGGCCUUGGACAGUUGGGUGUAGGGCUGGCUACAAUGUUGAGGAAGCGGUUCGGAAACAACAACGUGAUCCUGUCGGACAUCAGGAAGCCUCCAAGUCACAUCUUUCACAGCGGUGGGCCGUCUGCUGCUCCCCCAAGGUCGUCUCCGUCCCCCAAGGUGGGCCGUCUGUUGACCCCCAAGGUGUCGUCGUCCCCCAAGGUGGGCCGUCUGUUGACCCCCAAGAGACCCAGAACCAUCUGUCCUCCCACAGAGCUCAUGGGAGAGUACUACCACCACCGCUACGGCCUUGACUUCCGCUGUCUGCGCUACCCAGGCAUCAUCUCUGCUGACUCGCAGCCUGGAGGAGGAACGACAGACUACGCGGUAGCCAUCUUUCACGACGCCGUAAAGACGGGGAAGUUUGAGUGCAACCUGAAGCCAGACACGCGGCUGCCCAUGAUGUACAUCGACGACUGUCUGCGUGCCACCGUGGAGAUGAUGGAAGCGCCCGCAGACACCCUCUCCAUGAGGACCUAUAACAUCAACGCCAUGAGCUUUACCCCUGAAGAGCUGGCUCAGGAGGUCCAGAAGCAGCUGCCGGACCUGGAGGUCACCUACGACAUCGACCAAGUCAGACAGGCCAUCGCCGACAGCUGGCCAAUGAACUUUGACGACUCUAACGCACGGAACGACUGGGGCUGGAAACACGACCACGACCUCCCGGAGCUCGUCCAGACCAUGCUCAACUACAUCGGCUCAGACUCGCGCAUCGCAAAGGCUAACUGAGGGGGCCAGAGGUGGCGUGAUGCUGGGUGGCGUGAUGCUGGGUGGCGUGAUGCUGGGUGGCGUGAUGCUGGGUGGGGUGAUGGAGCAGUGUUUCUUUGUACAUACUGUAAAGACUGUUGUUUUAUAGGAGGGAGACACGUGGUGUGUAAAUAGUCGUUUUGUCAUUUGGAAGGGCUCUCAAUCUGUCUGUGUGUCUCGGUGUCUGUCUGUGUGUCUCGGUGUCUGUCUGUGUGUCUCGGUGUCUGUCUGUCUGUGUGUCUCGGUGUCUGUCUGUCUGUGUGUCUCGGUGUCUGUCUGUGUGUCUCGGUGUCUGUCUGUGUGUCUCGGUGUCUGUCUGUCUGUGUGUCUCGGUGUCUGUCUGUCUGUGUGUCUCGGUGUCUGUCUGUCUGUGUGUCUCGGUGUCUGUCUGUCUGUGUGUCUCGGUGUGUCUCUGUGUGUCUGUGUGUCUCUGUGUCUAUCUGAACAAGUUACUAGAACGUGGUUGCGUGAGAAGUAGCGAGCCGAUUCCCCUCCUCUCCCUCCCUCCCUCCCUCUCAGGAAGGAGGAGAGGUUGGAACACAGGGUCUGAGAAAAUGUUGAGAUAAAACAUCGGAGGGGUUGACUCCGUGGGCUUGACUCCGUGGGCUUGACUCCGUGGGCUUGACUCCGUGGGCUUAAAAGAAUCCUUCUCUCUGUGGGAGAGCUGAUGUUAUAAAGUUCACCUCUGCGUAUGUAAAGCUAUUGCAAAGGGGUUCACUGUUGUAGAAGUAUUUCUCAGCCAAAAGCUGAGAAUUCAGGUUUCAAAAGGUCCUACAUUUACAGUCAUAAUCACAAUUUAGAUUGAAGAGGUUUAUUUAAUAUAAGCGGUGUUUGAUGCACUUUAGAGUAAGAGAGGAAAAUGAUUUAAAACCCUUCAAAAAACCAUCAAACAUACAUUGAGGUGUGGAGGAACACAUCGAGUACAAAGUGUUUUCUGCCCACUGAACCACGGACUGGGAACCACGGACUGGGAACCACGGACUGGGAACCACGGACUGGGAGUCAUGGUGACUCCAUGUGUUUCUGGCACUUGUAUGUGAAGUGUGUGAAUGAAUAGACCUCCGUUCCUCUGGAAUCCUUCGGUUGUAUCGCAAAUGGCACCCUAUAUGAUGGCACCCUAUUCCCUAUAUGAUGGUACCCUAUUCCCUAUAUGAUGGUACCCUAUUCCCUAUAUGAUGGUACCCUAUUCCCUAUAUGAUGGCACCCUAUUCCCUAUAUGAUGGUACCCUAUUCCCUAUAUGAUGGCACCCUAUUCCCUAUAUGAUGGUACCCUAUUCCCUAUAUGAUGGUACCCUAUUCCCUAUAUGAUGGUACCCUAUUCCCUAUAUGAUGGUACCCUAUUCCCUAUAUGAUGGUACCCUAUUCCCUAUAUGAUGGUACCCUAUUCCCUAUAUGAUGGUACCCUAUUCCCUAUAUGAUGGCACCCUAUUCCCUAUAUGAUGGUACCCUAUUCCCUAUAUGAUGGCACCCUAUUCUCUAUAUGAUGGUACCCUAUUCCCUAUAUGAUGGUACCCUAUUCCCUAUAUGAUGGUACCCUAUUCCCUAUAUGAUGGUACCCUAUUCCCUAUAUGAUGGUACCCUAUUCCCUAUAUGAUGGUACCCUAUUCCCUAUAUGAUGGUACCCUAUUCCCUAUAUGAUGGUACCCUAUUCCCUAUAUGAUGGUACCCUAUUCCCUAUAUGAUGGUACCCUAUUCCCUAUAUGAUGGUACCCUAUUCCCUAUAUGAUGGCACCCUAUUCUCUAUAUGAUGGUACCCUAUUCGCUAUAUGAUGGUACCCUAUUCCCUAUAUGAUGGUACCCUAUUCCCUAUAUGAUGGUACCCUAUUCCCUAUAUGAUGGUACCCUAUUCCCUAUAUGAUGGUACCCUAUUCCCUAUAUGAUGGUACCCUAUUCCCUAUAUGAUGGUACCCUAUUCCCUAUAUGAUGGUACCCUAUUCCCUAUAUGAUGGUACCCUAUUCCCUAUAUGAUGGUACCCUAUUCCCUAUAUGAUGGUACCCUAUUCCCUAUAUGAUGGUACCCUAUUCCCUAUAUGAUGGUACCCUAUUCCCUAUAUGAUGGUACCCUAUUCCCUAUAUGAUGGUACCCUAUUCCCUAUAUGAUGGUACCCUAUUCCCUAUAUGAUGGCACCCUAUUCCCUAUAUGAUGGUACCCUAUUCGCUAUAUGAUGGUACCCUAUUCCCUAUAUGAUGGCACCCUGUUCCCUAUAUAGUGGCACCCUAUGCCCUAUAUAGUGGCACCCUAUGCCCUAUAUAGUGGCACCCUAUGCCCUAUAUAGUGGCACCCUAUGCCCUAUAUAGUGGCACCCUAUGCCCUAUAUAGUGGCACCCUAUGCCCUAUAUAGUGGCACCCUAUUCCCUAUAUAGUGGCACCCUAUGCCCUAUAUAGUGGUACCCUAUUCCCUAUAUAGUGGCGCCCUAUUCCCUAUAUGAUGGCACCCUGUUCCCUAUAUAGUGGCACCCUAUGCCCUAUAUAGUGGCACCCUAUGCCCUAUAUAGUGGCACCCUAUGCCCUAUAUAGUGGCACCCUAUUCCCUAUAUAGUGGCACCCUAUGCCCUAUAUAGUGGCACUCUAUGCCCUAUAUAAUGGUACCCUAUAUAGUGGCACCCUAUUCCCUAUAUAGUGGUGCCCUAUUCCCUAUAUAGAUGGUACCCUAUUCCCUAUAUAGUGGUACCCUAUUCCCUAUAUGAUGGCACACUAUGCCCUAUAUAGUGGCACCCUAUUCCCUAUAUAGUGGUACCAUAUUCCCUAUAUGAUGGCACCCUAUUCCCUAUAUAGUGGCACCCUAUUCCCUAUAUGCUGGUACCCUAUAUAGUGGCACCCUAUGCCCUAUUUUCCCAUAUUCUCUAUUCCCCUAUAAUGCCAAUAGGGUCCCAUUUGGGAUGCCCAGUUUGACUGGUUAAAUAUGGACGGUUUCCUUCAGUUGGUAAUGUAGGCGUCAGGGAUGCCCGUUUUCACCCUCUAACUCUGUUCUUCAUAGGGGUGUUGUGGAUGUUAUAUAUAUAUAUAUAUGACAUUUCUGCUGGUUAUACGUUUUUCUUUUCAGAUGCUAUUGUUGUUAAUGAAUCCGAUGCUAUAAGCUUUUUCACACAGCAGUGAUCUUAGUGAUCUUAGCCCCAGGCUAAGACGGACCCUGGACUAGCUUAUCCUGUCUUCACGGUUCACACACAAGCUUUUAGUGAUGACUUGUUUAAACCUCACUGUCCGCCUGCCUGACCUCGGGGGGAUAAACUGUUUCACUUUUGAAAUGCGAUCUCGCGCCCCUGUACAGAGAAUUCUGUGCACAGACGAGACAUCAACUUUUCCGAUCCAGGCGAAAUCGUGCAACAAUAUUUUAUUGUCAUGGAUAGCCAUUAUCCAAGUACAUAUCUAAUAUGAAAACGGAGGAAAGAGCUUGAUGCCCUUCCAGCUGUAGAGUUUGUGGCUUCGGUUGGCUAAGCUAAGUGAGAAGUUAGCCAGCCGGCAAUUUUAUUAUUAUUUUUUAUUAGCCAUAGAAACCAAAAGUUUUUGCAUAGAUGACAGUAUUGUUUUUAUUUAUUUUUAUUUUUUAUUUUUGUCCUCUGAUAGAAGGAUGAAAUAGAAUAAAUGUAUUUAUUAAAAUGGCAGAACGCAUCACAAGCGUAUGUAAGUUAAGUGAAUGUGCAGUUUUUGUGAUUGGACAGUAAAGAUUCUAUGCGUUGUUCUUGACCCGUUUUGGUCACUGGCUAUUUUGGCACCGUGUUUCUGGGGCCCUGAAAAGUCGUCUCUAACCCUGCUCUGGAACAGGGCCCGGCUAGCCCUGGGCUAAGGUUGGUGUGAAUAUUCGCUUAGGCCUGGGCUAAAAUCUCCCAUAGCCCAGGCCUCACGAGGCUCUUAGCCCUGGGCUAAAAUCUCCCAUAGCCCAGGCCUGACGAGGCUCUUAGCCCUGGGCUAAAAUCUCCCAAAGCCCAGGCCUGACGAGGCUCUUAGCCCUGGGCUAAAAUCUCCCAUAGCCCAGGCCUGACGAGGCUCUUAGCCCUGGGCUAAAAUCUCCCAUAGCCCAGGCCUGACGAGGCUCUUAGCCCUGGGCUAAAAUCUCCCAUAGCCCAGGCCUGACGAGGCUCGUAGCCCCGAGUUAAGGUGCAGUGUGAAUGCAUCUUUUCUAUGUGAAAGUUGAAACAAAUGUGUUUUUUUCAAUCACAAAAUCUCCUUUUGUCAUUAAAGAUUUUUUUUCUUCUUUUCUCUCAA